AUGCCAUCCGCAACAACCACGAAAAAUGCUACGACUGGUGCGAAGAGGAAGUCGGCCCCGGUCAAAAAUGCUCAUGUUCAAGAGAGCAAAAAGCCGAAAAUUGAUGUGGCCUUCAUGUCGGUGAAGAAGGAGAAGAAGGUACCGGUGACGAACAUUGAGGAAUCGAGCGACGAUGACUCAGAGGACUCGAGUUCGGAUGAUGGAGUACCAGUUGAUCAAGCCUCCCAAGAAGAGAGUAAAUUAGAGGACGACGAGACCGAUUCAGAGGAAAUUCCUCGCGCCGCCGACGGGCUACAUCCACAAAGAGCUAAGGCUGUUGCUACCAACAGUCAAUCUUCAAGAGAAGCGCAUGCGAAGCAGAAGCAACUAGCCCAGGAGCGAAAAGCUGCAAAGCCAUUGGCAGAUCAAUUAGCUCGGACGAAGAAGAUUUGGGAGCGCCUACGCCGAAAAUCCCAUGUUCCAGUCGAGGAGCGAAAACAGUUGGUCGGCGAGCUGUUCGAGAUUAUCACCGGAAAUAUCAAGGACUAUGUUCUGAAGCAUGACAGCGUCAGAGUUGUCCAGACUGCAAUCAAAUAUGCCAACCCAGCGCAAAGGAAGAUUAUUGCCAAGGAACUCGCAGGAUCAUACCGCCAGCUCGCGGAGAGCAGAUAUGCCAAGUUCUUGAUCGGAAAGCUAUUGGUCCAGAACGACGAUGAGAUCAGAGACAUCAUUGUACCCGAGUUCUUCGGGCAUGUCCGUCGAAUGAUCAAGCACCCAGAGGCCUCGUGGAUUCUCGACGAUGUGUACCGUGGAGUCGCUACUAGAAAGCAAAAGGCGACCAUAUUGCGAGAGUGGUACGGUGCCGAGUUUUCUCUUUUCGACAAGGAUAAUGACGGGACUAUCACCGCAGACCUCGCAGACAUUCUGGCUGCGGAAGCCGGAAAGCGUGCUCCGAUCAUGCGCUCACUCCAAGAACUCAUCAACCACCUCAUUCAGAAGAAGAUGACUGGAUUCACUCUCCUCCACGAUGCUAUGCUCCAAUAUUUCCUCAAUGCCAAGGCAGGAACCGAGGAGGUCACCGAGUACCUAGAAAUCAUAAAGGGCGACGAUGAAGGUGACCUGCUCAAGAACUUGGCUUUUACGAGAUCCGGAUCCCGGGUAGUCAGCUUGGCUCUCGCCUACGGAACCGCCAAGGACAGAAAGCAGAUCCUCAAAACUUACAAAGAUACUCUUCAGAUGAUGGCGGGCGAUGUUAAUGGUCACAUUGUCAUUCUUACCGCGUACGAGGUUAUCGAUGAUACGGUCUUGACCGCGAAGUCUAUCUUCCCUGAAUUACUAAGCAAGGAUACUGAGAAGCAGAUUGAAAACAUCGGCUUCGCUGUCAAUGAUCUUAAUGCUCGCAUCCCACUCUUAUAUCUCUUCCAAGGCCGAUCAAAAGCCCUCUUCCCAGCAAGCCAUUCCGCAGACCUUGAGAUCCUCGCCGAAAUCGACAAAGUCAGAGCGACAACCAGUAAGAAGGAUCCUGAAAUCAGAAGAGCUGAGCUGGCGAAAGCCUUGUCUCCAUUUCUUCUGAACGGUAUAGCCGCCGCAGCUCCUGAUCUAGUUGCUACUAGUUUCGGAACUCAAUUUGUAACUGAAGUCCUGUUCGGAGCCGAAGGCGACAAGACAGCUGCAUUGGCCGCAGUCGCAGAGACCGCCGCCGGAGACCCAACAUACACUCAAACACCCGUCACCGAGGAUGGAGCCGAGAACCAUGAGCCUCCUUCCCACCUAGCCGCCACACCGUACGGUGGCAAGAUGCUCAAGUCUCUCAUAGCCGGAGGACGUUUCGACUCCAAGACGAAAGCCGUUGUACCUAUCGAGCCGGCUCUCAACUUCGCCGAUAUCCUGUAUCCGUGCAUCAAAAAUUGGGUCAUCGAAUGGGCUACCGGAUCAAGUUCAUUUGUCGUCUUGGCUCUUCUCGAGUCUAGUAAUUUUUCGCAAAAGAAAGACUUGCUGCAUAUCUUGAAGAACGAGAAGGGGAGGUUACAGAAGGCAGCUCAGGAGGAAACCCCCGAGCAGAGAGCGAGGAGAGAGCAAGAGGCUGCUGAUGCUGAGAAGGUUACUAAGGAUGGGAAGGGCAAGGCCAAGAAGUCGAAAACUUUGAAGAACAGGGUUGUGGGGAAUACCGGAUCGAAGCUUUUGUUGGAGAAGAUUUGA